AUGGUAGCUUUUUCAAAGCCAAUUAAUGAGCUACCCUCGGCCAUACAAGCAGUUCUUAAUUCAAAUUCUAAUAAUGGCAACUCUCGAAUUAAUAAUAAAACAAAAGUAGCAGCUUCGAUAGCUGCUGUAUCAAUCGCUGCUUACAUCACGAAUUAUAUUUAUAAGAAACAGGCUGAGACAUCUUAUGCACGAGCUACUAGUAGAAAAGCUGAUUUAUAUGAUGGUCCAGUUUCUGGAAAUAAAUAUACUUUGACUGUUCCUUAUAAGAAUCGUACCGCAAAAGUUACUAUUCGUCCAACUCCACCCGAAACUUUUAAAAAACAUAAAAAGCUUUUUGCUCUUCCUGCUAAUGGUACUCAAAGGGUUGGAGUAAAUAAGAUAUUUUUUGGACAAUUAUCUGCCAUUUUUAAAAUAAUACUCCCAAAAGUUCGUUCAAAAGAAGUUAUUAUCUUGUUAUUACAUUCCAUAUUUUUGGUUUUAAGAUCAUGGUUAAGUAUUGUAGUAGCAAGACUGGAUGGGCGAAUUGUUAGAGAUUUGGUCGCAGCAAAUGGUAAAGAAUUCCUUAAGGGAAUCGCAUAUUGGUUUCUCAUCGCUAUCCCAGCAACAUACACCAACAGCAUGAUUCGAUUUUUCCAGUCAAAAUUGUCUAUUGCUUUUCGAACGCGAUUGACAAGAUAUGUAAAUGAUCUUUAUUUGAAUGAUCAAAAUGCUUAUUACAAAGCUAUUAACCUAGAUAAUAGGAUUGAAGGAGCAGACCAGUUAAUAUUGGAUACAGUUAUCUUUAAUUAUCAAUUAACAAAGAGUAUUGGUUUACUUGGAAUGUUGGGUUUAUUUGGAAAUUAUAUAGUAACAGCCUGGAUUCUAAGAAAAGUAACUCCAGCUUUUGGAAAAUUAGCGGCCAUUGAGGCGAAAUUGGAGGGAGAUUUCCGUGCAGCACACACUCGUUUAAUCACAAAUGCCGAAGAAAUUGCUUUUUAUCAUGGAGCUGUAUUAGAGCAUUCCAUUUUAGAACGCACAUAUAUUCGAUUAGUUAAGCAUAUAAAUUCUAUUUUCAAAAUACGUAUUGCAUACAACAUGUUUGAGGAUUUUGUAAUUAAAUAUUGUUGGAGCGCUAUUGGACUUUUAGUGUGUUCUGUACCAGUUUUCUUUCCUGCUUAUGGUGGACGGGGAGGGAAAAUUGAAAUGCAAGGUGGCUCUAAAAAUUAUGGUAAAGAAAGAGAUCGUACUAAAAGCUUUAUUACAAAUAAGAGACUUAUGAUAACACUUGCCGAUGCUGGUGGUCGUAUGAUGUAUUCAUAUAAAGAACUUGCAGAACUUGCAGGUUAUACUUCCAGAGUAUACAAUUUACUUUCAGUCCUUCAUUCUUUGUAUGCUAGCGAGUAUGUUGCUACACUUCGCCCAGCAUCAUUCCCUGAAGAUCAAGAAUUCUAUUCACUUGAUGAUGUUCGCGGAGAAAUUUUAUAUGGAUACAAUGGUAUAAAAUUCGAAGGAGUUCCCAUUGUCACACCAAAUCCUGGAAACGCGAGGGGUGGAGAUGAAUUAAUAAAAGGAUUGAAUAUAGUAAUAAAUCCUGGAGAGCAUUUGUUAGUCACUGGACCUAAUGGAGUUGGAAAAACGAGUGUUGCAAGAGUUAUUUCUAAACUAUGGCCUGUUUUCCGUGGUGUACUUUCACGUCCAAAUGUGGGAGAUAUUUUCUAUAUUCCUCAACGUCCAUAUCUUAGCAUAGGCACCCUUCGUGAUCAAAUAAUUUAUCCACAUUCUUAUGCGGAUAUGAUUCGUGCCAAUCGAACAGAUGAGGAAUUAAUGGAUAUAUUACAAAUUGUUCAUUUAGCUUAUAUUCCAGAUCGUGAAGGUGGAUGGGAGACCAAGAAAGAAUGGAAAGAUGUUUUUUCCGGCGGCGAAAAGCAAAGGGUUGGCAUGGCUAGACUUUUCUAUCAUAAUCCUAAAUUUGCUAUUCUUGAUGAAUGUACAAGUGCUGUUAGUUCUGAUGUUGAAGGGUUAAUGUAUCAACAUGCAAAGGACGUUGGUAUCACUCUUGUUACUAUAUCUCAUCGACCAUCUUUAUUUAAAUACCAUACACAUCUUUUACUUCUUAGUGGAGAUGAAGGCUCAUGGAAAUUUGAGACAAUUGGUACAAAAGAAGAACGUAUGUCUUUAGAUAAUGAAGUUGCAGCAUUAGAAUCUAAGUUAAAAGAUGUAGAAUCUGAUAAAGCUAGAAUUGAAGAGAUUAAUAAGGAAUUACAAUUAGGAAUAUCAAAAGAUAAUACUACUAGUAAAGUACAACGUCGUGGAUUAGUUUUAUAA